GGAGAGUAUUAGAAGGUAGUCAAGUAAGUGCGCUUAAGAGGAAAAUAACUUUAGAUACAGGGGAAGAUUUUAAGAAAAUCAAAAAGCCAAAGAAGGUUUUGAAAAAGUCCAAGAAAAAAUCAGUGGAAGUGCUAGGUGAUGCUGGGAAGAAGGAAAAAGAGGAUAAGUCUAAGGAGGAAGAGGAGAUUGUUGUUAUUCCUAUGGCUGAAAAUGCAUCAGGAGACAGUCAAGCAAGUCUGCUCAUGAGGGAAGUUGUUUUAGAUAAGGUGCAAGAGUCUCAUAAAGUCAAAAAGCCUAAGAAGGUUUUAAAAAAGGCAAAGAAAAAAAUAGAGGAAGUGCAAGGUAGUGCAAAGAUGGAAGAGAUGGAUAACGGCAAGGAAGUUAAAGAGAUUGCUGAUACCCCUUUGGUGAAGAAUGUUCCUUCAGAUACGGUGGACGAGUUGAAGAAUGCCAAAAGGCUUAAGAAGAAGCUUGUUAUCAAGCAUGAUGCAGAAACUCCUGAACUGUUGCAGGCAUCUAAUAUGCGUGCAAAGGAGGACUCACAAAGUGAAGAAGUAACUUUGUAUCCAGAAAGGGCUACAGAGAGUGUAGUUGCUCUACCAAAGGUAACAAAAGUUGUUGACAAAAGUGAAGCUGGCAAACACAAGAAGAAAGCUUCAUCAAGGGAUCUUGUGGAACAAGAGGAAGAGUUGGAAAAGGAAGAAGAAUCCAGGACAUCCAAAAACCCUACGAAGAUUCUGAAAAGGUCAAAGAAAAAAGUGACGGAAGUGCAAGGGGGUGCUGCAAUAAAGGAGAAAAGAUGUCAUCCAAAUACAGAAUUUGAUGAAGAAGAGAAGGAUAACUUUGAGGAUGAAAAAGAGAUUGUUGCUGUCCCUAUGGCGGGGAAAGUAUCAGAAGGUACUCAAGUAAGUCCGAUCAAAAAGAAAGUAGAUAAGGAGGAAGAUUUGAAGAAAGUCAAAAAGCUUAAGAAGGUUUUGAAAAAGUCUAAGAAAAAAGUAGAGGAAGUGCAAGGCGAUGCUGCGAAGAUGGAAUAAGAGGAUAAGUCUAAGGAGAAAGAUGAGAUUCCUGCUGUUCCUACGGUUAAGAAUGUAUCAGAAGAUUUCCAAGCAAGUGUGCCUCAUGAGGAAACUUGCUUCCAGUUAAGUGGAAAUCUAGAAGAAAGUCAAAAGGCGUUAGAAGACGUUUGCGAUUAAGUAUGAUGUAGAAACUCCUGACCUGGGGCAGUGAAGUUGAUUGGCAAGCUACAAGAUAGAAGGGUAGUUUUGAAAUAUGGCCACAAGGUUCAAGUUCAAGACAGAUAACGGUAAAGUUAUUGAUGGAUGGAUUUGAUAAAGCUGUAAUGACUGUGAAAAAAGGUGAGUUGGCGCUGGUGACUAUUAUGCCCGAGUAUGCUUUUUGCUCUUUAGGGUCUCACCAGGAGCUUGCUGUUGUUCCUCCUGGUUCAACUGUCUAUUAUGAAGUUGAGCUUGUAUCUUUUGUUAAGGAUAAUGAAUUGUGGAUUCGUGGGACAUGGACGAUGGGGAGAAAAUUGUGGCUGCUGGCAAAAAGAAGGUAAUGCAGUGUUCAAGGAGGGUAAAUAUGUGAGAGCCUAAGAGAUACAGGAAGGCACUACCUAUCUUUUAAGGGAAAGUAAAUAUGUGGUAUGCUGAUUUUAGGGAAGUAGUGGAGUCUGACCAAGUAUCUUUUCUCUUGUUUCUGAGUUGGGCUGCAAAAUUCAUUAUGAUUGGGAACCAAGUCCGUUUUUUAUUUUAUUUCUUGUAUUGUAGCUGCUGUAGAAGUGACAUAAGUGAUUGUCAUUGUCAUUCUUUAUUUUAUCUGCUCAUGGUAUCAUUCAGAAUACUUUUUCGAUUUCUUAGUAGUUUAGACAUGUAAUAGUGAUUUUGCCACUUAUACUUUGGAUGAUUUUUUAGGUGUUGGUGCAGAUUGUCCGGAACUAGUGGUAACAAUUCUGGUGUCAGUACACAAAUAUAAUAUUCUGAA